AUGAUUCUGAGGCACGAGGAUUCUCAAAAUGUUAAAGCUCGGACAAACCAGGCGAAGGCCCAAGCAGACAGUACGAUCAGUAUUUCGCUGCCAGCUUCUCCCGGACAGUCCAGUAUUCAGUGUACCCAGCCGACCCAGCCAACGCCUGAUUUGUGGAAAAUCGCGUACGACCAUCUGGAUGGUGAGCAGCGGGAGAUUUUGUCCAACUUGAAUGACAAGGGAAAUCAUUCCCAGACAAAAGCUUUGCUUGAUGAAGUUAUUCACGUAACAAAAGAGAAAUACGAGGAGUAUCAGCAAAAGACAGAUGGGACACUUCGACAGACUUCUCGGAAAAUCAUUAAUGCGACACUCUCCUUCAAAGAUAUUAUCACGGCGGUUGCGGGUUUUGAUCCUACGCAGCAUGCAGCGAGUGCUUGGGCAAUUGUAUCACUUGGGCUGACAAUGACCAAAAAUCAUAAUGAUUUACGAGAUGUGUUGUUUGAAUCAUCGGAAUAUCUAUCGGAUGUUCUCACACAGUGUGCCUUCAUUGAAAAGAACUUCUACCUUGAUGGCAGCUCUAGUAUCAAAGAGGACGUGGGAAAUGCGCUGGUCAGACUUUAUGGAGCAAUCCUACGGUAUACAGCACAGAUUCGCGAUGCUCAACAUCCUCGCGUGGGAAGAAUGGUGCUGGACUGCGUCACUGCCAUUACAGACCAUCCACUCACGAAGCUUCAAGCCUCAGUUGAUAAAGAGCGAGAUAAUCUAUUCCGGUGGAUUGGACUAGUCAAGCACUUGCACUGUGAAAAAGAGGCAGAGGAUAUUCUAAGUCAGAUUGAUGCACUUGCCGAAUCUAUGAAGCAUCUGAUUGAACAGUUUCGUCUUGCGAACCUACGUAUUGCGGAAGGAGCAUUUUAUGACUCCUACAUUAAUGAACAUGAAGAUUUCUGCCUUCCAAACACCAGGUCCGAGCUUCGUUCCCAAAUCUCCGAGUGGGCUGAGUCGACAGAUGAUAAAUGCAUAUUUUGGCUGAAUGGAAUGGCGGGGACAGGAAAGUCUACCAUCGCUCGAACGGUCGCACAAUCAUUCAAAGACAAAGGACAGCUUGGCGCCACAUUCUUCUUCAAGAGAGGUGAAGCUGACCGUGGUAAUGCGAAAUACCUAAUAUCAACCAUCACAAGACAACUGGUAACCGGACAUCGGUGGCUGGUUCCUGAUGUGUUGAGCGCAAUUGAGAGUGAUCCGAAUAUCUCAUCCAAAUUUCUCAGCGAACAAUUUGAUAAGCUUCUUCUCCAGCCCCUACUUAAGUUACAUCUUAGUCAACCUACAACAAUUGUGAUUGUUAUUGACGCAUUGGAUGAAUGUGACCGGGAAGAAGAUAUACAAGUUAUCCUGCGACUUUUGUUUAGAUUGCAGAAUUUUCAAUCUGUACGUCUCCGAAUAUUCCUGACUAGUAGGCCGGAACUUCCAAUCCGCCUUGGCUUCAAGCAGAAUGAUAAUCAUCGAGACGUGUUCCUCCAUGAGCUCCCCAUCCCAAUAAUUGAACGUGACAUUCGUCUGUUCUUGGAAGACAAGCUUUCAAAAAUACGGGAUGAGCGUUCAUUGUCCUCGGACUGGCCUGGACACAAAAAUAUAGAGAAAUUGGUAAAGAUAGCUGUCCCGUUGUUUAUUUUUGCGGCCACGAUCUGCCGCUUUGUCGGGGAGAAGAGAUGGCGCCCAGAAAAACGUCUAGAAGCAGUUCUCCAAGAUCAGGCAACAUCAUCAAGAUCCCAGAUGGACAGAACAUACUUGCCCAUCCUCAAUCAGCUUCUUUCUGGUGCAAAUGACAGAGAGGUUAAGCAGCUAACGCAAGAGUUUCAGGAUAUCGUUGGGGUUAUCAUUCUUCUUGCUACUCCACUUUCAGUCAAUGUUCUCGCGCAGCUGAUUAACUUGCCAAAAAUUGAUAUCAGCAAUCGCUUAGAUGGAUUCCACUCAGUUCUCAGCGUGCCAGAGAACAUUAACUCACCAAUUCGCAUCCUGCACUUAUCUUUUCGAGAUUACCUCUUGGCCACGGAAACCCCUUUCCAUAUAAAUGAGAAAGAGACGCAGCAGAAGAUAGCACUACAUUGCCUUCGUGUCAUGAAAACUGGUCUCAAGCAAAAUAUUUGUGGUCUACCAAGUUACGGGGCACAACGAGAUAAUAUUGACAGCCAGGCUGUUAAUGAGAAUCUCUCAGCGGAUAUGCAGUACGCUUGUCAGUACUGGGUAUACCAUCUUGAUUAUAGCGAAGCUCGUAUCGUUGAGUCCCUAGCUUUUGACUUUUUGAAAAAGCAUUUCCUUCACUGGUUGGAGGCGCUGAGCCUAAUGGGCAUUACAUCAGAAGCGGUGGCAAUGAUAGAUGCACUACAGUCAGGUGAUGGGAAGGGCACAGAUGCGGAAAUUUCAGACUUCCUCUAUGAUGCCAAACGAUUCAUUCUUAAAAACGCUUACAUUGCGGGUAUUGCUCCAAUCCAACUCUACAGUUCUGGGCUAGUAUUUUCACCGAUGCAAAGUAUUGUUAAAAGGAUAUUUUCUGGUAGUAUACCCAAACACUUGCACAUACUACCACAGGUGGAGGAUUUAUGGAGCCCAGGACUACAAACACUCGAGGGCCAUUCAGGUCCAGUUUAUUCGGUGACCUUCUCAUCGGAUGGGCAAACCCUAGCCUCAGGCUCUAACGAUGAGACUGUCAAGCUCUGGAACGUCAAGACCGGCUCUGAACUGCAGACCCUUCGAGGCCAUUCAGAUCGGGUUCGUUCAGUGGCCUUCUCACCGGACGGGCAAACUCUAGCCUCAGGCUCUGCCAAUAAGACUGUCAAGCUCUGGAACGUCAAAACCGGCUCUGAACUGCAGACCCUUCGAGGCCAUUCAGAUCGGGUUCGUUCAGUGGCCUUCUCACCGGACGGGCAAACUCUAGCCUCAGGCUCUGCCAAUAAGACUGUCAAGCUCUGGAACGUCAAAACCGGCUCUGAACUGCAGACCCUUCGAGGCCAUUCAGGUUGGGUUUAUUCAGUGACCUUCUCGCCGGACGGGCAAACUCUAGCCUCAGGCUCUACCGACAAGACUGUCAAGCUCUGGAACGUCAAGACUGGCUCUGAACUGCAGACCCUUCAAGGCCAUUCAGAUUCGGUUCGUUCAGUAGCCUUCUCUCUCCAUGCCGUAGAAAAUCCUGCCACUAGGUCCGUCACUAUUCCACAACUCCAUGAUAAUUGCGGCCUGACUUCAUACAGUAUUAAUCCUCAAAUAUCUAUAUCAAACAACUGGGUUGCAUUGGGAGGCGAGAAUCUACUGUGGCUUCCUCCCGAGCAUCGUCAAUUUGAAACUUCAGCUAUCAAGGAAGCCACCCUUGCUCUUGGGUAUAGUGACGGGCGAGUUUCUAUUAUAGGAUUUCAUACGCUGUAG